AUGCCUCUUGAGAUCCUUUUCUUCGGCGCUGGCGCCAUUGGAGCAUUCUAUGCCUCCCGAGUGGCCCUCAACUCAGACACCAACGUCUCUGUGAUCUGCCGAUCGAACUACGCCGAAGUAGCAAAGAACGGCUUUCGCAUAAGCUCAUCACAAUACUCAAACUACCAAUGGCGGCCAACGCGGACCUUCAAGUCCGUCCAAGAUGCCCAUAGCAGCGGGGUCAAAUGGGACUUUGUCGUGGUCUGCACUAAGGCACUACCCGACCUCUCCGACGACUCCAAGCUCAUCGAACCCCUAAUAAGACCCGAGACCGCGAUCGUGUUGAUCCAAAAUGGCCUUGGUGUUGAACCGCCCUAUGCUCAACGGUAUCCCCAGUCCAGCAUCCUCAGCGCCGUCACCAUCGCGUCCUGUGCUCAGGUAAGUGACGGCCACAUCAAGCACAAUCGAUGGACCCGGAUCAACGUGGGCCCAUACUUCUCGGACUCGACUUCGUCGUCCGCCAAAGACAAAGCAACCGCUCAAAACCAGACUUUUGUCGACCUGAUGCUCAAAGGAGGUGAGAUCAAAGACGCCGUCGCCGACACUCACGAAAAACUCCAGCUCGUCCGUUGGCAUAAGAUCGCCAUCAACGCCUCAAUGAACCCUUCCGCGGUCCUCGCUGGGGGGGCCACCAACGAGGAAAUGUCCAACGACUCCGAACUCUACACCCACCUGAAAGGCGUCAUGGACGAAGUCCUAACGACCGCACCCAAAGUCAUAGGCCAGCCGUUCCCCUCAUCAUUCGCCUCGCCGGAAGCGAUCCUCCGAUCCACGCAGAAGAACAAGUCAGGAAGCAAACCAAGCAUGUUACUCGACUGGGAGGCAGGCAAGCCAAUGGAGCUGGAAGUCAUUCUGGGUAACCCCAUCCGCCUUGCCAGAGUAAAGGGCUACGAGAUGCCAAGAAUGCAGACUUUAUAUGCUCUACUCAAAAUGAUGCAGAAGCAAAGGGAGGCAAAGAAGGAGAAUCGGAGUAAACUUUAA